AUGCGAAUGCCAGAAUCCACUUCUCCGCCUUCAAGGCUUCGGAUUACCAUCAUCGGCUGUGGUACCUUGGGCCAAGCUCUAGCCCAUGGUGUCGUUAAGCAACGCCCCGGCAACGUCCGUCUUGAUGAGAUUGUGCUCACGGGGCGUCGUGACAGCCAAGUUGACGCCCUGCGGUCGCAAUUCCCAGAGCUCACGGUGACGGGGAACAACUGUGACCCUUGCAUCUGGGACAUCGACGAAGGAAACGUGCAAAAAGUCCACCUUCUCUUUCUCGGGCCCAAGCCUUACGAUAUUCCGGCCACCUGCGCGCAGCUGUACCCGGCUAUCCAGAGACAGAGAGAGCGAGGGCACUCACUGCCAGUGAUCAUCACCUUAUGUCCUGGUAUCACAAUCGCGCAACUGCAGAGCUGGCUUCCUCACGAGACACCUUUGGUCCGAGCGAUGCCGAACACACCGGUCAAGGUCUCGCAAGGCGCUACUGGCCUUUUUCCCAGCGAAAAUGUACAGCCUCUUGAGAUGGAGCUUGUCCAGGCAGUGUUUCGCGCCAUCUCACCCACCGUUGUGGUUCUGUCCCAAGAGAACCAUUUGGAUGUCGUUGCAUCUAUUUCAGGGUCUGCUCCGGCAUACUUCUUUCACCUCAUGGACAGCAUGGUUGAGGCGGCUAAGGGUCUAGGGCUACCGGAGUCUAUCUCGACGAGGCUGGUCGCGCAGUCCUGCAUUGGGUCGGGAUCUAUGGCGCAUCUCGAUCUGGGUGUCUCCUUGGCUCAGAUGAAGAAUGACGUGUGUGUGCCUGGUGGCAGCACGCGUCGCGCAAUGGAUGUGCUGGACGCCAACGAUUGGCAUCGGCAUGUCGAGGACGCAGUACGGGUGAGUUGGAAGGCUAAUCGAGCUAUGAAAGACGGAACG